GAGGAGAGUGGCCAGGGAGGUGUGGGCCAGUGGAUUAGCUGAAAGACCUUUGGCAGAAGUGCCAAAUGCCAUGGCUGACGCCAUCACCUACGCAGACCUGCGCUUUGUGAAGGUGCCCUUGAAGAACAGCGUCUCUAAUCACCUCGGACAGGACUGUGAGGCUUACGAGGAUGGAGAACUCACCUACGAGAAUGUGCAAGUGUCUCCAGUCCCAGGAGGGGCAUCAGGCUUGGCUUCCUCUGCCCUAGUGGACAAAGCAGGCGUCAGGUCAGAGCAGCCAGCUGCAUCCUGGAGCUCCGUGAAGUCGCCUGCUGUAGGGUGGAUUUCCCGUUGUCCCACAGUCGGCUUGCAGUACUUCUUGCUGGGCCUUCUCCUGGCCUGUCUGAUGUUAGGGGUGGCUGCUAUCUGCCUGGGAGUUCGCUAUCUACAGGUGUCUCAGCAAUUCCAGCAGGUAACCAUGAUUUUGGAAGCCACCAACAGCAGCUUGCAGCAGCAGCUCAGGCAGAAGACAGCUCAGCUGGGGCAGAAGGAGGUGGAUCUGCAGGAGUCUCGGACAGAGCUGUCCCUGAGUCAGGGCGCUUUACAGGAGAAGCAGAAGAUUCAUGAGGUCACGGAGCAGCAACUACAGGCCUGCCAGUCUGAGGGACAGAGGACCAAGGAGAACUUGGAAAGGGAGGAGCAGCAGAGGAGGGACUUGAACCAGAAGCUGGUCAACAUGCGGGACACACUGAGGCGCUUUUUCUCCUGUUCCUCAGACACCUGCUGUCCGCUGGGAUGGACACAGCACGAGGAAAGAUGCUUUUACAUCUCAUGCACUCUCAGGAGUUUGCAAGAGAGCCAGAAAUACUGCACAUCUCUGUCCUCCCGACUGGCUGCUGUAGCCAAAGAAUCGGAUAAGUAUUUUUAUCAAGUCUUUCUUCCCAGUGGCUUAGCAGAGUUGCUAAAUGAUUCAAAGUCAUAUUGGAUCCAGCAGCCAAGCUAUAUUGAAGAAUACUACCGAUCUCCUGCAUCUUAUUCUCAAAGUCCACAAUGUAGGCCGCUAGAGAAAGGGAAAGGAUCAUGGAAAAGAUAUUUCUCAAAGUGUACAGAGUCUUAUCCUUCCAUUUGUGAGCGGGAAGCUUUCCGGUUUCCUGAUGGGGACCACCUGCACUGA